GAGUCCAGACAUCUGGCCUCAACUUUAAGGGAGUAAACAAGUUGAAUUUUCUUCCCUACAAAGAUUCUUCUCUUGCGCCAAGUUUCAUCUCUUGUUUGCGAAAUACAAUCACUUUUUUUAAAGCGACAGGGUGUCUAGACACCCACGUGAUGGGGCGCGCCAAUGCGCACUGGAGACCCGGCUAAGAGAAGAGAGCGCCGGGGAGAGACGGAGAUAGCGAGCGAGAGAAGGCGAGGGAAGGCGAGGGAAGGGCGCGCAGGCAGUCCGCCUCUUUCCGGAAGAUCGCAUCACCUUCUACUACACUUGCAACUAGUUGUCUUUUUUUGCCAGGCAGUGUAACUUAAUUUGAAAGAGGUCGGGAAAAAUAUACAAGUCAUAUUUUAAUACCCGUACUAUUCCAUCGGAAAGCGAAAAAUUCAGUGCAUGUAUCUUUUUUUUUCCUUCUUCAUGUGGUAUAUCGCGGAAUAGCUUCUGCUCAGGGUGUUGGAUCUAUCCGGACCCCAUUGGUUCCUCGAAAUAAUAAGGUCUAAUGAUUGACGAGAAGCUCGCAACUGGCAGAGGGAUAUGUUACUUGGAGGAAAAUAGAGAGGAAGACGGACACGGCAGAAGCUCAGCUUAGCUAUUGCCCUGCACUCUUCGCAACUGGAUCAAGGAUUCUGUGGAUUAAAUCUUAAGAAACCCAGGACGACUUUGGCUUUGAAAGGAAACGUUACAUUUUUGCAUUUUUUCCCCCACUGUAGAUUGUCAUUAUAUUCCUCUGCAUGUUACUACUAAUGUCUACCUUCUUUUUCAUGCCAUUGAAAAUUUGAAAUAGUUACAUUUAUUAGGCUUAUAUGCAAUUAUUAGCCUAUGGAACACAAUGAAGAACCUUUUUUUAUUUUAAUAUGUAUUUUAUUAAAUAUGCCAGCUCACAUGUUGUAGCCUAUUAUUUAGGUCGUUUUUUUUUUUUUACCUUAUGAGACAAAGUAAACAUAACCGUGGAUAUAAAGUCCAAGUUUUGUCGUAUUUUUUUUAGUUUUGCAUAUUUUAUUACUGUACUCUGUAUUUUUAUAUCUGCAAGAAUUAACUUUAAAAUAAGGAUACUGGCGUAUGCUACAGAUUGUCUUUGCUGCUCCAAUCCACAGUUUUUCCGUCAUAUUAUUUCAGGCUGUUUGUCGUUGCCUGAACUCGGAUCCCAGAUUCUUCAUGAUUUGCGGACGUCAUGCUCGUUUUUUAGCCGGGAAACCUUCUUUUCGUCCCGCAUGUUUAGGACCAAACGAUCGGGGCUCGUCCGGCGACUCUGGAGGAGCCGUGCGCCCGUCGAUGGCGACGGGGAGGCGAAUACUGGAACCCAUGGAUCCGGGGGCUGUUGUAUGGGGAAGUCGACUAAGGUUUCCAAAUCAAAUCCCGGAAUGGAGGCUGAAUUAAAAUCAUUGACCCAUUCGAUACUGAAAAAAAUUAAGGAAAAACAAUUAGAGGCACUUUUACAAGCGGUGGAGUCGAAAGGGGGAGCAAGGAGCCCCUGUCUUCUGCUGCCAAGCAAAGUGGACUCCAAACUGGGUCAACACACAUAUUCGUUACCUUUGUUGCUCUACAAAGUGUUCAGAUGGCCGGACCUCAGGCAUUCUUCGGAAUUAAAGAGACUAUAUUGCUGUGAAUCGUAUGGAAAAAUUAACCCGGAGCUCGUUUGCUGCAACCCGCAUCACAUGAGCCGGCUGUGCGAACUUGAGUCCCCGCCUCCUCCUUAUUCUCCUUACCCAAUGGACUUUCUUAAACCACCUGACUCUGCAGACGCUUUGCCUACUUCCACCGAAACUGGGGGGAUUAACUAUUCGGCCCCUGCGGGGCUUUCAGAUUCCCAGAGUCACCAGGAGGAACGCACUCCCUGGUGCGUGGUGGCAUACUGGGAGGAGAAGACCCGCGUCGGGCGCCUCUACUCUGUCCAGGAGCCCUCCCUGGACAUCUUCUACGACCUACCUCAGGGGAACGGCUUCUGCCUUGGGCAGCUAAGCUCGGAGAACAAGAGCCAGUUGGUGGAGAAGGUGCGCAGCAAGAUCGGCUACGGCAUCCAGCUGACGCGCGAGCAGGACGGCGUGUGGGUCUACAACCGCAGCUCCUACCCCAUCUUCAUCAAGUCGGCCACACUGGACAAUCCCGACUCGCGGACGCUGCUGGUGCACAAGGUGUUCCCCGGUUUCUCCAUCAAGGCCUUCGACUACGAGAAGGCGGGCAGCCUGCGGCGGCCCAACGACCACGAGUUUUCACAGCAGCCGAGGACCGACUUUACCGUGCAGAUCAGCUUCGUCAAGGGCUGGGGACAGUGCUACACCCGCCAAUUCAUCAGCAGCUGCCCUUGCUGGCUGGAGGUCAUUUUCAGCAACCGGUAGCAGCGGGUUUGACUAAAAUAAGUGGGGAGGGGGGGGUUACACAAUGCAAACCGAGAAGUCGAGUCAGAAUUCAGUGACUAGUUUUAAAUGACGUAGAUUUAAUUAAUAAGAAAAGAAAAAUGUAUUUUAUGUUAUAUAUAUUAUUACUUGUAAAUAUGAAGACGUUUUAUAUACAGCAUUAUUUAUGUAUUGUGCAAUGUGUUCAUGAGAGAGAAAAGAUGCACUUUGCUUAAUAUAAAUGCAAAAAAAUGCCAAAAUUUUAAAAUAAUACCUGAGACACAAGAUUGAUGUUUUUUUUCUAUGGGUUUUCUAACCCAGCUGAAUGUUUUUAAAAGGAGGUUAAUGUUCUGUUCAAAUUAAACCACACCUUUACCUUUA